UGAUAUAUUAUGACGAAAGUAUCAAAAAAGUGGUGUUGUGCUUUUGUACCGGAUUGAGGAUUGCAACCUAAGCCUAGUGCCGGUGUUUUGAUUGUGCCUGCAAGUAUCUUCCACCUCCCAUACGAGACAUUUAGUGUGUCUUCAAACGCUAAACAAUGGCUACCAGCAACGAGAUAGACUUCGAUAGCCCCUUCGUAAAGAAGGAAAAGAGUUGCAAAAUUUGCGGAGCUACCGAUGGCCCGAUGGAAUCGAUCUUUUGCAAGGCCGACGAUACUGCGCUGUUGGACAAGAUCUACAAAUGCACCAGAGUGGAGGUCACGCCAGUUUGCGGUUUGAUUUCACCCAUCUGCGAGUAUUGCAACCGACGGAUAGAUGACUUCGAUGAGAAUGCACCACCAAAGGUGGUGGAGUUUGUGAUCAAGAACGAAAUGGAGCACGAUUCGCUUGAACACGAUCCGUUGAACGUUGCCGAUGAUCCGAUGGCUGUUGAAGUUAAAUCGGAAGUUGACGAAGAUGAGUACAGUGACUACAGUAGGCAUAAAAGCACGAAACGUAAGGAACGAAAAGCUAGGGUAAUCGUUGAUCCAUGGCAGAUAGUACAGCGGAACGGAAGAACAGGCAGGAAUGCGAAAACACACGAUGUCACAAGAAAUCGUUUUAACGUGAGAGAAAAAGAGAACGACGUCGAGGACAGGCAGACGACUGAUAGUGAAGAGGGCGAUGAAGAAGCGGAGCAGCGUAAACGAACUGUUCGGAGAAACGGAAAAGAUCGAAAAUCUUCGCAGGAGCUAGACGACAGUAGCUUAAAGCUGGAUGAAUCCGAUGCGGAAAGCGACGAUGAUGAAUCUCUCAUGAGCGGUGAUAAAUCUGACCUCGACGAUGAUGUGGAAGCUUAUGACGCGUCUACCAACUCGGAAGCAGACAUCCCACAGGCGAAGAAACGCGGUCAACCACGGCGCAGACCCCACCCAGCAGAAUCCCCGCCAGCGAGGACCAAAAAAAGGAAAAAACCCGGCACACCAGAGCAGUGCGAAGUAUGUGGCAAGACGGUGCUGUACAUACGCGAGCACAUGCGCCUCCACCAGAUCGAGCGACAACAUCCGUGCCCGCACUGCGACCGAACGUUCGUGCAGGUGAACAACCUGAAGUACCACAUCCGGAAGCACAUGGGAGAAAAGCCGUACCCGUGCAAGCAGUGCGACAAGCGCUUCUACUGUGAGGCGCACCUGAGGUCACAUAUGCGCGUGCACGGACCGCAGGGACUGUUCCAGUGUGUCCUGUGCCCGAAGAGCUUCAACCAGGACUGCAAUCUGAAGAAGCACCUGCGCGUGCACAGCGGCGAAAAACCGUACGGUUGUAACACUUGCGGAAAGCGUUUUAACAGCUCGUCGAACUUGCGCAAUCACGCUCGAUUACACGCGAUCGAACGGCAGUUAACGUGCGAACACUGCUCGAAAUGUUUCGUAGAUGUACACCAUUUGCAGCGGCACAUUCGCGUACAUACGGGAGAAAGACCGUAUAUUUGUCACGUUUGUUCGCAGUCGUAUUACUGCCAGAACGGCUUGAUGGAGCAUCUGAAAACUCACAUCGAGAAAAGGGGACCGCAGAUAGAGCAGAAGGCGGGUCGGGAAGAAAAAGUGCCAAUAAAGGAGUAA